AUGACUUCCAGGGUGGCAAAAAUAGUAGAAUUGGCAUUAAUGCAAAGGAAAACUGAUUCUGGUAUAAUUGAUUACCAAAAGGAAAGUUCCACAAGUACGUCUGAGGUUAUUCUAUCCACGGAAAGUAUAAAUGUGAGCAGAUUACAAAGUGAGCUUCCUAGCACAUCCGGGACUGCAAAAAUGUUUUCGGGUGCAUCAAACAAUGACAGUGAAAGUGAAAGAGACCCUUUUGAAAGUUCUAGUGAGUCAUACGUACCUUCAGAUUCAGAAUUAAGCUUAGAUGAGGACCAGAUAAUGGAAGAGCCCCUUGAACAACACCGGGAAGAGCUCGCACAACAAAACAAUAAAACAAAGAAGAGAAAACAAGGUAAUAAGUUUUUAUGGAAAAGGUCCAUUGUAAAAAGAAAUAGGCUUAGUGGAAAGAAAUAUAUAAACAGGAGUGGAAAAACAGUUGAAGAAAAGAAGCCUUUGCCCGUUAACUGCACCAAAUGUAGGUAUAAAUGUGAAAAAAAUAUUACUGAAGAACUAAGAAUAAUUAUUUGUCGCGAAUACUGGGAAAUGGGCGACUAUGAUAAGCAAAAAUUACACCUGAGUUCAUUAGUGACCGAUGUUCCAAUAAAAAGAAGAAAACAACAAGUAGAACAGUCAAGGCGUAAAACUUCAAGGAUUUUUUAUUUAAAAAACUUCGAAGGCUUGAGAAUUCGAGUGUGUUUAAAUUUUUUUUGUAAAACAUUUAAUAUUUCCCAUCGGGUAAUUGAAACAUGUAUGAAAAAUGUGGGUAAUACACACACCUACACUGGAUUUGAUAAAAGAAAAGGUAAAAGACCUCAUAAUGUUACAAAGGAACAAGAUGUAUUGCUUGUCAAGGAACACAUUGAUAGUUUUCCACGUGUGGAAUCACACUAUUGCCGGCGAGAUUCAACGAAACAGUAUUUGUCUUCAGAUUUAAAUUUAUCCCAAAUGUACAGAUUAUACAUUGGCUUCUGUGAAAAUCGAAACGUGACCAAGGUUUCUAAAUUUGUUUAUCAGAAGAUAUUCCACAAAUAUGACCCAGCAUUGGAUUUUUUCAUUCCGAAAAAGGACCAGUGUUUUAAGUGUAAUGCUUACAAUACUGCUAAAGACAAGGAGCCAUUAAAAGAGGAAUUUGACAGUCACAAAAAGAGAGAAAAGGAUGCAAUGCGGAUGAAAUCUGAAGAUAAGGAAAGAGCCGCUAGAGAAAAAGGACAAACUUUUAGAGCCGCAACAUUUGACUUACAAGCAAUUUUGUCAGUGCCAUUUGCGGGAGACAAUCAAAUAUUUUAUAAGUUAAAGCUAAAUGUAUAUAAUUUUACAAUUUUUGAUGCGUCAGAUGCAACAGAGGCUUCAGAAAUUGUUGCUCAGAAGGUUGAAGAUAUUUGGAAAUCUGCUUCAAUUCCAAUUGUAAGCCAUCAAAGAAUUGUAGCAUUAACUAAAGAAUACCAGAAAAAGAGAAAAGACCUUCUGAAGCCCUAUUUAAAAAGAAAAGACGCCGUUUCUUACAAAUCAAAAUUGGAUGUGUUUAAGAAAGACAGUUUGCGAUUGUUUGACAUUGCUGCAUGUAAAUGCGACAAUUUUAAUUCAUGUUUGUGUUUAAAGCAGAACAAGGUUCCAAUAAAGGAACGCCCAUUUCUCCAAGACCAGAGGUCCUGUCGGCAAAUGAUAAUUGGCUCUGUAGAUUUUGAAGCUGUUCGGCAACAACAAAAACGGGAAAUGAGAAGUAAGUGUGACAAAGAAAACAACAUAAUCGAUGACGCAAAAGCUAGCACAUCCUCUUAUAACAGACAAGUAGAUGGUUUGGAAGUAGAAAUUGAACCGGGAUUUAACAAUAUCGACGGAAAUGAGGUAACCCAACAUGAAAAGAAAAAGGAGCAAUCUGCCGUUAUUUCUGAUGAACAAACUAUAUUACAACCGACCAAACGUAACACAAGGAAUCUCUCUGAGUUAGCUAAAACGCUUGAUAGAUACGCGGUGUCAGACAGAGCAGGUGCUGCAAUAGCUUCGGCAGUGUUACAAGAUUACGGAAUUGUCAACAACGAAGACACUCAAAAUAUUAUUGACCGUCACAAAGUGAGACGCGCAAGACAAAAAAAUAGGACAGAUCUUCAAAGAUUCUCAAAAUCAAUAGUUUUGCUUGGUUUGUACUUCGAUGGUCGUAAAGAUAAAACAUUGACUUUUGACGAUAAUAGGAAAAGAACAAUAGUAGAAGAACACAUUAGUUUAAUACAAGAACCUGAUUCAAAAUAUUUGGGCCAUGUAUCUCCUAUCUCUGGAACGGCAGCAAAUAUCUUAGACGCAUUUAAUAUUUUUUUUCAAAUCUCUUCGAUUUCAUUAGACAGUUUAGAGGUAAUUGGAUGUGACGGAACAAAUACCAAUGUAGGAAGUAAGGGCGGAAUUAUUUCGUUGUUGGAAAAAACAAUUGGGCGGCCCUUGCAGUGGUUUAUUUGCCAAUUGCAUGCGAACGAACUUCCUUUACGACAUUUGCUACAGCAUCUUGAUGGUGAGACAACUGGCCCUCGAGCAUUUCGUGGACACAUUGGAACGCUUUUACAUAAUUGCGAAAAGCUUCCUAUUGUGGAGUUUUCUAGGAUAGAAUCAGAACUACCUGAUAUAACAUCUGAUUUUAAAUUGAGUACGGAUCAAAACUAUUUACAUCAAAUAUGUUCAUCAAUAAUAAACGGCAGUUGCUCCGAAGCUCUUUCCAAACGUGACCCUGGAAAACUAGUUCAUUCCCGUUGGUUAACUACUGCUAACCGAAUCCUUCGCUUGUAUGUUAGUACCGAAAACCCGACUCAGAAUUUAGUUUCAUUGGCAACAUUUAUAAUUAAAGUUUACGCUCCAAUGUGGUUUUUGAUCAAAACAAAAUCUUCAUGCAUUUAUGGCGCACAACAUAUAUUCAAGUAUAUUGAACUAUGCCAUUAUUUGCCCGAAGAUUUAAAAAAUGUUGUUUUCAAAGUAAUUAAUAGAAACGGAUUUUUUGGACACCCUGAAAAUAUAUUACUUUCUAUGUUGUGGGAUGAGCGCAAACAUAUAAGACAUCUAGCUUAUUGCAGAAUUUUAAAGUAUAGGACCGUAAGCGAUGGUAAAUUAAAUAUUCGUAGUUUCGCAGUUCCAGACUUCAACUUUAAGGCUAAAAACUACUAUGAACUAGUAGAUUGCCAAACCAUCCUAUGGACUGAGCCACCCAUAACUGCUCGAUUGACAGAUGCCCAGUUGAAAGAAAUAGUAGAGGACCCAGAGAAAUCUGAAAUUUCUUAUAUAAAAAAGUAUCCUUGUCACACACAGGCCGUGGAAAGAGCUGUCAAAAUGGUAACUGAAGCAUCUGUUACAGUUUGUGGAUAUGAAAGACGAGAUGGACUAAUUAGAAACCAACUAGCUUCAAGGUCUAUCAUGCCGUCAUUUGAAAGCAAGAAAUAUUUUAUUUCAAACCUGUAA